GCACCCGUUAACACAGGUAGCUCUCAUCAGGAGCUGAACAAAGUGAUAACAAAAGGACACAGGCAAAGUAGACGCUCUUAGAAAGAUGAUACUGGAAACCCUGAAUCUGAUGCAUUGCAAUAUCACCAGUGUGGUGCCAGAAGUGAUGCCAACUGCCACCGUGCCCAUACUCCUCCUCGUGUGCUUUCUUUUCCUAAUCUGGAAUUAUGAAGAAAUAUCAUCAAUACCAGGGCCUGGUUUCUGUAUGGGAAUUGGUCCCCUCAUCACAUGGAGAUUCCUCUGGAUGGGAGUGGGGCAAUGCCUGCAACUAUUACAUAAGAUGUAUGGAGAAUUUAUGAGAGUCUGGAUCAGUGGAGAGGAAACACUCAUUAUUAGCAAAUCCUCCAGUAUCUUCCAUGUAAUGAAACAUGGGCAAUAUAACUGUAGAUUUGGAGCAAGGCUUGUACAGUGCAUUGGCAUGCAUGAAAAUGGUAUUAUAUUUAAUAAUAAUCCAGCACUCUGGAAAGAAAUUCGACCUUUUUUCGCUAAAGCUUUGUCUGGUCCAGGUCUCGUGCGUAUGAUAGCAAUUUGUGUUGAAUCAACAAAAAACCAUCUGGACAGAUUGGAGAAUGUGACUAAUGGACUGGGAAACAUCAAUGCGCUGAAUUUUAUGAGACAGAUCACACUGGACACUUCUAACACACUCUUUCUAGGGAUCCCUUUGGAUGAAAAUGCCGUUGUGCUUAAAAUCCAGAACUACUUUGAUGCUUGGCAAGCACUUUUGCUGAAACCUGACAUCUUCUUUAAAAUUUCUUGGCUGUACAAGAAAUAUGAAAAGUCAGCCAAGGAUUUGAAAGAAGCAAUUGAAAUCUUAAUAGAACAGAAACGACAGAGACUUUCCACUGUUGAAAAAUUGGAAGAGCGCAUGGACUUUGCAUCACAACUGAUUUUUGCACAGAGCCGUGGAGAUCUGACUGGUGAGAAUGUGAACCAGUGUGUGCUGGAGAUGAUGAUAGCUGCACCUGACACACUGUCUGUGACUCUCUUCUUCAUGCUAGUACUGAUUGCAGAGCACCCUAAAGUGGAAGAAGAUAUGAUGAAGGAAAUCCAAGCUGUUAUAGGUGACAGAGACAUACAGAGCAAUGACAUGUCGAACUUAAGGGUUAUGGAGAAUUUUAUUAAUGAGAGUAUGAGAUACCAGCCAGUUGUGGAUUUGGUCAUGCGCAAGGCUUUACAGGAUGAUGUAAUUGAUGGCUAUCCUGUGAAAAGUGGGACAAACAUCAUUCUGAACAUUGGACGUAUGCAUAAGCUUGAAUUCUUCCCAAAGCCUAAUGAGUUUACUCUCGAAAAUUUUGAGAAAAAUGUUCCUUCUCGCUACUUUCAACCAUUUGGAUUUGGCCCUCGUGGCUGUGUUGGAAAGUUUAUUGCCAUGGUAAUGAUGAAGGCAAUCCUGGUGACUCUUUUGAGACGGUAUAGAAUACAGACACCAAAAGGAAGAGGCCUUAAGAACAUCCAGAAAAGCAAUGACUUAUCCAUGCACCCAAAUGAAAGACAGCCCUUACUGGAGAUGUUUUUCAUGCCAAGAAGAAACGUAGACAAGUGCCAGGAUGACUAACAACAGAUCAGUAGUGGUCUGAGAGAUCUAAGGUUUCUGCUGUUUUAGUCACAUUCUGAGAAAUGUCCACCCCUCCUAGGUGCUGUCACACAUACUCUGAACUAAACAUUCUGUUGCUCUUAAUGCAUUGCUGCUUUAAGUGAUUACUUGUUCUGCUGCAAAGCACGACCAGGUUCUGGUCACGAUUCAAAACUGAUAAAUAAGUUUCAAGUAUAUAGACAAGUGCUGUCUUCAGUUGAUGAGAUGUUGCAUGCAGAAACUGUCAUUACUUUUUUUAAAGCAUCCAAUUCAAACAGAAUUCUGUUCUGCUUCUCACACUGUGCAAGUCCUGAGUGCUCCAUGCCUGCAGGAUUGCGUGAUAUGGUUGGGGUUGGUUUGGGGUGGGGAUUGUUUUGUUUUGGCAGAGCUGGGCCCCUCAAGAAAAAUCAUCAGCAGUUAUAACAGCUCUAAUUUAUCUGUCAUCCAAAAACAUUUUAAUGAACACUACUAAUGUUCAUGUAAAGUAUGAGAAACACUGAGAAAUGUAUCAACUCUAUCUACCUGUACACAUCUAUAGCAAUUACUAAAUUCCUCUAAAGGUAACGAGGAUAUAGCCAGUUUAUCAAUAUAUUGUCUAUAACAUGAGAAGUUUUGAAACAAUUUUCCCUCUACAGUGUUUUUCUUUCUGGUAUAUUAAACAGAUAAGA